AUGAAGUUCAGAGCUGUUAGCGCUCUUCUCGCCAUUGGCACCACGGCCAAUGCUCACGUCGUGCCUCGUAGCUCUGAGGCCAUUAUAGGUCUGCUGCAGCGCGUCUUCGAUUCCAUGUCCAAUGCAGACAACCACGUCCUGCAAUAUGAAGGUGGAUUCCCCUCAGCUCUUCGCCAAGCUGGAGAGGAUCUCAUCAGCGUCCUCAGCGCUGGUAUUGACACGGCGCACAAUAUGGAGCCUCUCGAAGCUCGGGAUGUGAUCGCCAUCACCCCACUCUCCCAGAAACUGUCGGGAGUCGGUGCCAAGUUCCUCAAGGACAUUGGCGAAGCUGCUCCCAAAUUCGCGGCUGGUGGAUACUGCUCUCACGUCAACACUUUUGUCCAACACCUUAGCGAGGUAAGCGAUGCUUUCUUCGAAGCCAACAAGGAGAAGUUCCCAGAAGAGAGCCAAGGCUACGCCGAGAAGGAAAUCAAGGCCACGGAUGGUCACUUCGCCGAAGCCAAAGCCGCUCUCUCGCCCCCUGUAUGCAUCGAUGCUGUCAAGGGCGGCGAGGGAGAAGGCGAGCCCAAUAAGGGUGGAGAGGGCCAAGGUGAGCCUGGUAAGGGUGGAAAGGGCCAAGGUGAGCCCAAUAAAGGUGGAGAGGGUCAAGGUGAGCCUGGUAAGGGUGGAAAGGGCCAAGGCAAUGAAGAACCCCCUAAGGAGAAGCCCAGCGCCACGACCUCCGCUGCCUGGCAUACGGGGGCCGGACAUCCCGGCAAGCCGACUGGUGAGCCCCAGGGCGGAUGCGGCAAGCCAGCCGAUCAUGGCAAUGGCAGCGGCAAUAGCACCAACCCUCAGCCCCAUUUCGGUCAGCCGAAACCUGAGCCGGUUAAGGGCGCCGGCCACAUCCUGCUUCCAUCUGUUGUUGCGGCAGCAAUGUUGGCCGGUGUUGCUUUCGCUCUAUAA